AGGUUGGGGUUUUGUUUUGCUUUGGUAGCGGUUUUACGUUCUAUCUGGGGACAAGAUUGUCGUUAGUGGUGUUAAUUACAUCAUAAUCUUUCUAAUAGGAAUUAAACAUUCUGUUAUUUCUGAUAAUUUAUAUGUUUGGUAGCAAUAGAGUAGACUCAUUGAUUUCAAAACAUUGUAAUGUCCGAGAAGUUACAAGCGUUUCUCAAAGAACAAAACAAUAAAAAAGGCAGAGGAAGUUUGCUAGGGUCUGGUACAAACAGUGGGAAUUCUUCUGCGGCCGAAGGUGAGUCUGAUACAUCAAAAUUGUUGUCAUGGGUUCCAUCAGUCUCCAUCUCCAUGCCAAAAGUAUUCUCGGGAUCUGAAAAACAGGAAUCUGCCAGCAAUACCAAUUGGUUUUCUGAAUCCAGUAGUGAUCCAAUAUGUCCAGCAUUGUCUAGAAAACAGAGGUUGAUUGGAUUUGCAGUUUGUGUUUUCACUGGAAUUAUGUGCUUUUCUCUUGCCGCAAUGUAUGCUCCUCUGCUUGUAUUAAAAGCUCGUAAAUUUUCACUUUUGUAUAGUCUUGGAAGCCUUUUUAUGAUAAACAGUUUUUCUUUUUUGUGGGGACCAUGGAUACACAUGAAGCAUCUUUUAACAAAGGAUCGUCUUCCAUUUACUUUUGCAUAUUUUGGUUCACUUUUUGCAACUUUGUAUUUUGCAAUGUGGUUACGUAGCACAAUUCUUACUGUUAUUGCGGCUGUGGUACAAAUUAUUGCUUUGACAUGGUAUAUUGUGAGUUACAUUCCUGGUGGACAAACUGGAUUAAGAUUUAUAUCAUCAUUGUUUACAUCACUUGUCACAAAGACUUGUAAAAAAACCAUAUCGGUGUGAAAUAAGUGGGAAGCCAGUACACCAUAACUGAUUUUUGCAAGAGUUCUAAUGCUGACAUAUUGAAGGCCAAACUAUAGUGUUGCAUUGCUCGAAGUAAACUUUAAUGUUUUGUCUUAGAUGCUGAAUUUUGUAAUAUAUUUAUCUUUAUGAAGUUGAAGUGCAA